UGGCGAGCCACGCAUGGUUUCCAAAGUCAAUGUAAAUUGAUGUACAAUCAAACUCAUUCAUGACCUCAUCUCCCUCCAAUCCACGUGUCAUAGCGUUGUCCGGCAAUUGGGCGUAUUAAAUAUUGCCCUUCUCGGAAAAUCAGACUUCCUUUUCUUACUUGGAGUCCAUUGUCUUCACAGUCAACGGAAUCAUGUCAAUCUAUGUUUGAGCCUCUGGAGCUGAACUUUCUUCCCCGGAAAGCGAUUUCGGUGACUUUUUAGCGUACUCAACUUCUUUCUUUCGUUCUUUUUAGGGGCUCUGGAAAUUUGGGUGAGGUAGCGAGGGAGUUCUUGAUUCAUCGGUUUCGAGGAAUCGAAGCUUAAAGAUCAUGGUAAAAAGGGGGCACUCAUAUCGCUGAGACCGGUUCCUCUAGUUCGAGUUGUUUCCACUUUCGAGGAAACCCACAUGGGGAUGAAGGAACUCUGUGUUGCGCUUCAUUGGGAUUUCAUUUGUAGAGAAACUUAUUAGCCCGGGGGACUUACUGGAGUUAUGGUUUGGAGUUUUAGGUUAGGUCUAUUUUAAUUGAAAGACCGUAGAACAGUGGAGAUUUCUGCAUUGGAUUUAGUUUGUAAUGGAGGAAAAUGCUGCUAUUCGUACCAUCCGGAGUUCGAUCCAAGCUCUGGGAUGCGGUUUUGAUGUAAACUAUGACACGAGAUUGCUUUAUUGCAAGGGAAUGGCUGGUUCUAAGGUUGUGGAGGUCGAUGAAGAGCACGUUAGGGAUCAGGUUGCCUUCGAUGAUGUGAUGGUGCCUGAUGUUUCAAGAGAUGUCAAGUUCUCGCCAGAAAUCGGAGGGCGGCAGAGUGCUGUUGUUUGCUGUUACCUGGAGAUGGUAGAAUUAUUUAAUAAGAGAGCUCAUCUAUCAGGAAAUACUCCGCUUGGUUGUUUCAAUUUUGCAUUCAGCUUUACUGGUUCAAAGAAAAUUGAUAUGGCUUCUACAAAAAGUCUUGCUAUGGAUGGAAUGUUUUUGCCUUUGUGUACGGUUAUGCUAACCAAACAAUCUCUAUCUUUAAGAGAAGAUGUUAAGAAGGCCAUAUCAAGUUCAUGGGAACCAUCCUUGUUAGCCAGAUUUAUUGAAAGUUAUGGCACCCAUGUUAUUACAUCUGUUACCAUUGGUGGUAAGGAUGUAAUAUAUGUCAAGCAGCAUAGCUCAUCACACUUAUCAUCCAUGGACAUAAAAAAUUAUAUCCAAGAUAUAGGAGAUCAGAGAUUCUCUGAAAAUGAAGGGCUUUCAAGUGCCGGUCCAAUGAAAAUGAAAGAUAAGGCGGCCGAUCCUUUUUCUUUUAAUAGUCAGGGUGUAUAUCCACAGCCACCUGCUGCUCCAUAUCUCAGUGCAAAAGAGGAUCUUACUAUCAUUUUCAGAAGAAGAGGAGGGGAUGAUCUCGUUCAGAACCACAGCCAGUGGGAAAAUACUGUAAGACAUGCACCUGACAUUAUAGAAAUGACCUUUACGCCCAUCACUUUUCUUCUUGAUGGAGUUCCUGGGAAGGACCAUCUAACACGUGCCAUUGCUCUUUAUUUGGAAUAUAAGCCUCCCAUUGAGGAACUGCAGUACUUCCUAGAAUUUCAGGUUGCCCGGGUUUGGGCUCCAAUAAGAGAAAAUCUUCCAGGCCAUCACAGGAAAGAACCAGUCUGCCCAUAUUUGCAGUUCAGCGUGAUGGGUCAGAAGCUUUAUAUCAGCCAAGAACAGGUAUCAGUUAACCGCAGGCCUGUAACGGGCCUCAGAUUGUGUUUGGAAGGAGCAAAACAGAACAGAUUGGCUGUCCAUAUGCAGCACUUGGCAUCCCUGCCCAAAAUCCUCCGCCAAUAUUGGGAUUCUCAUAUCCCUAUUGGUGCGCCGAAGUGGCGAGGGCCUGAAGAGCAGGACAGCAGGUGGUUUGAACCUGUAAGGUGGAAGAACUUUUCACAUGUGAGCACAGCUCCAAUCGAGCACAAUGAUGCCUUUAUUGAUGUCCUAUCUGGCACAUAUGUAGUCACUGGAGCUCAGCUAGGCGUUUGGGAUUUUGGGUCUAAAAAUGUUCUGUACUUGAAGCUUCUUUAUUCUAAGAUUCCAGGCUGCACUAUAAGGCGAUCUUUCUGGGAUCACAAUCCAGUUGUUUCUGGUGAGAAGCUGAAGAAUGAGGCCGUCCUGGAGUCAGCAAAUUCAACAGAUUCACAGAGCUCAAGCUCUAAGGUUGUGGGGAAGCUGCAGAAGCUUGUAGAUAUGUCUGAGAUGUCCAAAGGCCCUGAUGAUGUUCCUGGGCAUUGGAUUGUGACUGGGGGCAAGCUUGGAGUGGAGAAAGGGAAGAUUGUUUUGAGAGUAAAAUAUUCAUUAAUUAACUACUGAUCAAGGCUUUGUUAGCUGUUUGGGGGAAUGUAAAUGCAGGCAGGUAGCAUCUUGAUGAUUAUUUUAGUGGAUGAGUGUGAGUUUAUUUUCAAUUA